AUUAAAAAAGUGUUAGGAAUGAUUUGUGGCAUUUAAUAAAUCAAUCAAAUUAUAGACUUGCAAUAUAAAAUAUAAAAAAAGAACACAUAAAUUAAAGAAAAAUCACAGAAACUUGUCAAAAUGGUCACUUUAGAAUUAUUUAAAUCAAAUGAAGACUUAUUUGCACCUUUUCAUCAUCAUAGCCAUCAAUAUUAUAAAUCGCGAUUCAAGUUUAAAUAUUUAAUGGGAAUUUUCUUAAUAAUUUUUUCAAUAUUUCAAAGAAAUCAAGUGAAUGCUUUGGAUUUAGCAACAUGCAAUAAUCCAUUGGGUAUGGAAUCUGGAUCAAUAGCUGAUUUUCAAAUAACAGCAAGCUCAGCACAUGAUAUGGGAAAUGUUGGCCCACAACAUGCAAGACUAAAAAUUGAUAAUAAUGGUGGUGCAUGGUGCCCCAAAUAUAUUGUAUCCCGAGCAUUAAAGGAUUAUAUACAAAUUGAUUUAUUAAGAGUUCAUGUUAUAACAAGUAUACGUACACAAGGACGUUUUGGUAAAGGUCAAGGUCAAGAAUAUACAGAAGCUUAUGUUUUAGAAUAUUGGAGACCUGGUUUUAAUAAAUGGAUUAAAUGGAAGAAUAUUCAAGGAAAAGAGAUCCUAACUGGAAAUAUAAAUACAUAUAGUGAAGUUGAAAAUAUCUUGCAACCAAUAAUUUUUGCUUCAAAAGUUCGUAUUUAUCCUUAUAGUCAAUAUGAUAGAACAGUUUGUUUAAGAGCUGAAAUAAAUGGAUGCCCUUGGGAAGAGGGGAUCAUUUCAUAUAGUAUACCGAAAGGUAUUCAACGUAGCAUGGAAAUUGAUUUAUCAGAUAAGACAUAUGAUGGUCAAGAGGAAAACGAUAGACUUGUUAAUGGACUAGGGCAAUUAGUUGAUGGUCAAAAGGGUAGAGAUAAUUUCCGUACUGAUAUACAUGGUUUUGGUAAAGGUUAUGAAUGGGUCGGUUGGACAAAUGAUACACCUAUGUUAUCUGGAAAACCAGUUGAGAUUACAUUUGAAUUUGAUGCGGUGCGAAAUUUCAGUGCAAUUAUUUUACACACGAAUAAUAUGUUUUCAAGGGAAGUUCAGGUGUUUCGUCAUGCAAAAAUAUUCUUUAGUAUUGGUGGAAUUCAUUUUGUUGGUGAACCAGUCCAAUAUUCAUAUAUGACAGAUAUGGUAUCGGAUCAAGCAAGGGAUAUAACAAUAAAAUUACACAAUCGUAUCGGACGUUUCUUAAAAAUUCAAUUAUAUUUCGGUUCACGUUGGAUUUUAUUAAGUGAAAUUUCAUUCAUUUCCGUUGCUGCCACAGGAAAUUUUACAGAUGAAGAAGUUAAAGAAACGCUAUUAUCACAAAAGACAACAAAAAAUUCUGGAAAAGGAGAACAAAAACGUAUUUAUGAAGUAUUGUCACCGAGACCAAUUGAUCAAGCACCUGAACGUAAUUUAGUUGGAAUAAUAUUAGUCAGUCUUACAACUGUUAUAUUAAUUACAAUGGCUGUUGUAUUAUUAAUUGUUGUAAGAAAACGUAAAGCACGUGAUAAUGAUGCAUUAGAUGGUUUUCAAUAUAAUUUUAAUCCAGAAAGAUUUGAAGUUAAUAAACGUGUAAAUAGUAAUUUUAAGGUUUCAACGAAUGACAAUGAUGAAUGGAUAGAAAAGAGCAGUUUAUAUCAUGAACCAUUUAAUCUUAAUAUGUCUACAAAUUCAGCAAAACGUUGUUCUUCAAAUAAUUUACAACGUUAUCAUAUAAAUCCAGAAUAUACUGAUGUUCCUGAUAUCGUUUACCAAGAAUAUGCAGAACCAUCUCAAAUGCGUUAUCAGGAUACAACAAAAAUUCCAGCUGGAUAUGUUAGUGUACGUCGUACACCAUCACCACGUAAUAAUACAUUACCAAAUGUAUUAUCAACAACACAACAUCGUUAUCCAUCAGAAAUAUAUUAUGCUGCUACAGCUAUUUGUAAAAAUGCAGGACCACAAAAUAAUCCACAUUAUCGUACAGCAGACAAUAUCAAUCAUUCCAAACAACAAUUUAUCGAUAUUAACAAUUUUAAAACGUAUAAAUAAUUUAUUUCAUUUUAGUUUUAUUCAUUAUAAUAAUAUAAAUAACAUAUAUAAAAAAAUAAUACUAAAAAAAAGAAGGAAAAAAUUAAAAUUCAUUACAUACAUAUAAAAAAUACAAUACAUACGUAUAAUUUUAAAAAAAAAUUUAAAUUUAUAAAAAAAAAAAGCAACAAAAUAGAGAAAAAAGGAAAACCAAUACAAAUAUAAAUAAAAUAUUGAUUGCUUAAAAAGUUGCUCAUUGAAUUGAUAAAAAUAAAAGAAAGAAUAAAUUUAAAAGAAUAAAAAAAAACUAAAAUAAUUAUAAAUAAAAUAGAAAUGCAUAUAUAUAUACAUAUAUAUAUAUAUAUGUAUAUGUACAUAUAGAAAAUUAGAAAUCUAGAAUAAAAUAAUUAUUUAUUUGUAUAUAAUAAUAAGUACACUCGAAAGAGAUGUUGUCUCGACAAUCUUUAAAAUUGAAAAAAAAAAAAACUUUUAACUUAAGAGAAAUACAAAAAAAAAACUUAAAGGACUUUCUAUGCUGUACUCUCUACUAUUUUUUUUCUUCUUUUGAAUCGAAAUUGUUUGAGCAGAACCACAAUGCUCGCAGAAUCCUUGCAUUUUACAAAAACAAUAAAAGAAAAUCCAUUCAAAAAUGAGAUUAACCAAAGAAAAAUCAACAAGAAAAAAAGAACCUGUUUUUUUUUUUACUUUCUUCUUCUCUAACAUUAAAAAAGCAAAAAAAAAAAAUAAUUAUAAUAAGAAAAAAGAAAACAAAAAAUGUGCACAUCAUGUUGGAUUUAUCGAUUCAUUCACACAAUUUUAAUUCAUUUUUGGAAAAAUACUACAAAAAAAUAAAAAUAAAAAAAAAAAAAAUAAAAUAAAUCAAGAACUAAAAAUUUCAUAUCUGAGACAAUCUUAAACUUAGGCUGUGUAUUUGUGAUUUUUGUAAAUAGAUCGUUUAAUUAAAAAAAAAAAAAAAACAAAGAAAAAAAAACCAGAAUAAUUGUAAAAUAAAUAAAAAAAAAUUUGAAAUCUUGAAAAUGAAGAAAAAAAUUAAAAUUAAAUUAAAAAAAAAAAAAAAAAAAAUAAAAAAAAAUUUAAUCACUUUGUGCUAAUUUUAGAGUGAAUAGUUUG